GAUGGUAGGGCUCUGGAGUUUCAUCCUUGCGCAGGCGUUCAUCGUGGUGGACGUGAUCAUCAGCGCCUCGAAAAAAGCUGGGAGGCCUGUCAGCUUUGCCACGGUGGCCGGGGAGACCUUCGGGCCGAUCGGUGCAGCUGGCGUCUGCGGGCUGUUCCUCAUGCUGAUGCUGUUGACGCACGUCUCCCAGUUUGCCAAAGGUGGCGAGCUACUGGCUUCGAUGCUUCAUCUCCCGUACGCGGCUGGAGUUCUCCUCGUUGCAGCGGGGCUCUCCGGUUUCGCCCAGCUGGGACCUGCCAGGGUGGUGACCGGCGCAAACACGAUGUUGACUGUCGGGUUCAUGGCCGCCGUUUCUGCUCUCUUCACAGUCGGUGCCCCGCUGAUGCAGUGGGAUCGGCUCACUCGCUGCGACUGGGGCGCUUGUGCUGAUCAGAUGCCAGCAGUGCUGCAAAUUUUGAUCUUCUUGGAGGUACUGCCCACCGUCUGCCGCACGGUGAACUUCGAUCGUGCUCGCGCGAGACGCGUCCUGGUGGUCGGAGCAUUAAUCCUUCUGAGCCUGAACCUGGGAUGGUCGAUCCUGGGAAUGGGACUUGUCGCCUGGAGUGGCGGCGCAAUGUCAGAUCCAGUUGAGGUCUUGCUACAAGCUGGCGGCGCCAUUUCUGGUGUGCUCAAGGUUCUGUCGCUUUGUGCGAUCAGCACCACUGUGGUAGGGACGAAUCUCAGCCUGCAAUCCUUCUUCAACGAU